AUGCCGUCCGCCACGGCAUCUGGCUCCGACGCCAAGGAUGGCGCGCGAUCGCGCGACCACAAACAAGGCAACCAGGACCGCAAAUACACACCCGAGCAAAAGGCGGCCGUCAUCCGCAUCCGCAAAUGUUCCGCGACGGCAUUCUACGAGAUCCUCUCUAUCGACAAGUCGGCUACAGAGAAUGAGGUGAAAAAGGCCUAUCGGAAACAGAGUCUCCUGACGCACCCGGAUAAGAAUGGGUAUGACGGCGCGGAUGAGGCGUUCAAGAUGGUCUCGCGGGCGUUCCAGAUUCUCUCGGACGCGGAUAAGAAGUCGCGGUAUGACAAGUUCGGGGGUGAUCCCGAUAGCAGGUUCAAUCCCGGCGCGUCGGCGGCCAGUGGUGCGUCGCCGUUCAGCGGAUUUGGUGGUGGUGGUGGAUUCCCACGCUCAGGAGGUGGUCCUGGAUUCGAGGAAGAGAUCUCGCCGGAGGAGCUGUUCAACCGAUUCUUCAACGGUGCUGGGUUUGGAGGCAUGGGUGGUGGCGGGUUCAGUCCAUUUGGUGGCCCACAGUUCGUCUUCAACAUGGGCGGCGGCCCCGGCUUCCGCGUCCACCAGUUUGGUGGCGGGGCGCCGCGUCGACGCCCGCGCGCAGCAGCAGCAGGACAGUCCGAGCAACCAGCCGAUGCGUGGUCCUUCCUCCGACAGCUCCUCCCACUGUUCCUUCUCUUCGUCCUCCCGCUCCUCUCAUCUUUCUUCACUGGCUCCUCCACCCCAUCAGGGCCAUCCUAUCGGUUCGACGCCGCGGUCCCACCGCACACACUGCACCGCACCACUCCCAAACUCAACGUCAAUUAUUACGUCAACCCAGUCGACGUGGAGGACUACAGCGCCCGGAAAUUCCGCCAACUAGACCAGCGCGUCGAGGUCGAUUAUGUCACUACGCUGCGCUAUGAAUGCGAGACCGAGGUGCAGGUGCGCGAACGCAAAAUGCAAGAGGCGCAGGGCUGGUUUUUCCCCGAUGUCGAGAAGAUGAAGGAGGCCAGGGCUAUGGAACUGAAGAGCUGUCGCCGCUUAGAGCAGCUGAAGGGGAGAUACUGA